ACUGUACACACACUUGAGUUGCUCUUUAGUGCAUCUGGACCUGGCACCACUUGUUCCCUAGUGAAUAAUGAUCUCUAUAAUAUUUGUAAGUCUGCUGGUCACCAGUUUCCUGGAAUUUACAUCUGCACAGGCACAAAGGCCCAAUGAUCCAAUACCUAUAAUUAAAUAUGAAUCAGAGGGACCUAAUGUAGACGGGUCUUACAAAUGGUUAUAUCAAACGGGAAAUGAAAUUAACGCAGAAGAAUCCGGGUACGUGAAGAACUUCGGCAAAGGAGAAGGACAAGAAGUUCAAGUGGCGGAAGGCAAGUUUAAUUACAAGGCACCGGACGGCUCGCCUAUUUCGCUUCAAUAUAUUGCCGAUGAAAAUGGAUUCCAGCCACAAGGCGCUCAUCUGCCAACUCCGCCGCCGAUUCCCCCUGCAAUCCAAAGAGCGUUAGACUAUUUGAAGACUCUCCCCCCCACCGCUGCUUCGCCUCCCAGUGGACCCCGCCAACGCGCAUUUUUCUAACCAGUUUAUCGUUAAUACAUAGAAAAACUGCCUGUAUUACAAAGAUGAUAUUUUAGAUGACCUAUAUUACAUUAAGAUGGCCUUGACAGUAAUCUCGAUAAGUAGGUACAUGCGCACAUAACCAAAUUUGAAAUUUGAUGUCAGUUCUAAAUAAUGUUAUUAUCAAUCUAAAUGAAUGACUGUUAUUAACAAAUUCAUUGCAUAUUAAUAUUAUCUUACUGUUAUUAGUUAUUGCCAUAACAUCCUGCUUGAGGAUUUAGUACAAACUUCAAUUUCUAAAUAUAAUUGCGCAGAUUCUAAAUUAUUUGUGUAACAAUAAUAGAGUCUAAUAUUUCAUGUUAUCAUUUUCAUCAUAGCAAUUAUACUAAUCCAUUAUCUUAUUCAUUAGAUUAUUAUCAUCUUUUAAGUUUGAACUAAAGUAAGUUCAAAUUAAUUAUUAAUUUAAGUUGUGAAAUGAUUGUUCGAUAUAAUAAAAUUCAUGAAUUAUA